AUUUAUUUUUAACAUCAACUAAGAAGUUACGGGACAGCCUUAACGUCUAUCCAACUCCUUCCUUCUCAACUCCUGCAACCAUGACACGUUAUUUCUGCUGUGGAAGCUACUUCCCAGGCUAUCCUUGCUAUGGAACCAAUUUCCACGGGACCUACAGAGCCACCCCGCUGAACUGCGUUGUGCCCCUGGGCACUCCCCUGCCGCAGGCCUAUAGCUCCCGUAACUUCUGCUUAAAUGGUUGCAAUGGUUGUUGCUAUGGUAGCAGCUUUUACAGGCCUUGGGGCUCUGGCUCUGGCUUUGGCUACAGCACCUACUGAUGGACCGAUGGCUCUGGUGAUGACAGGGCUCUCCAUUGGUUCUCUGCAUAAGGACGACCUGAAGAGCACUCACAGCCUUUCUGCCUCAGAUGAGAGAUACUGACUGCUGCUUACUCAAGUCUUGCUCCUCCGUGAUACUGAACAAGCUGCCCAGGACUCAGAUAUCAAGCUGAUUCUCACUUACAGCCUAAGAAAGCAAGACAUACUUUUUAGGCAUACUUAAGUUUAGCAGAUAGUUUGCCUCCCAGGAUUGCUCUAUUCAUGUAUUAU